AAACUGAAUGAAUAAGGAAGUCGACCGAAUCCUUAAAGGUCGGCUAUUCACUUGAAAUAGCUACGAAUUUCGAUAUAUUUCUUUUGGUAGCCUGCUGUUAAAAUGUCUUUGAAAGAUAGAUACCAAGCGUCAAUGGUGCUGAGUGGAGUUGGAGACGCCUUGGGAUUCAACAAUGGCGAGUGGGAAUUCUGUAAUAGUGGGACACAAAUUCUGAAAGAACUCGCUGCAAUGGGAGGACUAGAAGCAGUGGAUAUUGAUAAGUGGAUUGUGAGUGAUGACACAGUAAUGCAUCUGGCCACUGGUGAAGCGCUAAUAAAGGCAGGGAAGAAGCCCGACCUACCUGAACUCUACAAGAUUAUGGCUAAAGUAUAUCAAGACUGCAUGCAUGACAUGGAUGAAAGGUCUCCAGGCUGGACGUGUAUGGAAAUGGUGAGCACACUGAACCCUGAUAUUCCAGGUGGACUGAAUCUUAAAUUUAAUCCAAAAGGAGGAGGAUGUGGAGCUGCCAUGCGUGCCAUGUGCAUUGGGUUGCGAUUUCCACAACCUUCUGAAGAAAAACUCCUGAUUGAAGUGAGCAUUGAGAGUGGGAGACUGACCCAUCACCACCCUACAGGCUAUCUUGGCGCAUUAACUGCAGCAUUAUUUACAGCCUAUGCUGUGAAUGGCAGGCCUCCUCAGGAGUGGGGAAGGGGUCUCCUGGAGGUUUUGCCAAAAGCAAAAAGAUACAUAGUAAAAUCUGGACGUGAUGUUCAAGAAAAUCUGGAAACAUGGGGUUAUUUUGAAAAAAAAUGGAAUGUCUAUCUUGAAGAAAGAGGAAUUCUGGAUGGCAAAUCAGACCCUACAUUCCCUGAUUCCUAUGGUCCUGUAGAAAGAGAUGCCUUUUACUCAACACUGAGCUAUCAAGGCUGGGCAGGAAGCAGUGGUCAUGAUGCUCCUAUGAUAGCAUAUGAUGCUCUGCUGAAAGCUGGUAGCUCCUGGGUCACUCUUGCCCAUCAUGGAUUUUUCCACGGAGGUGACAGUGACUCAACGGGUGUCAUUGCUGCAUGUUGGUGGGGAGCCAUAUAUGGCUUUGAAGGAGUGCCUAAGUGCAAUUAUGAAAAGCUUGAGUAUAAAAGCAGACUAGCUAAAAUUGGUGAAGAACUGUAUGAGCUAAAUAGAAAUUGGCAAAGUGGUGGUGGUAGCUGUCAACAGGCAUGAGAAACAUAAGGUAUCGACAAGUCUUAGAAAUCAGAUUUGUCUGUUGGUUGAGAUAAUUUUAUAAAAUGUACUUACACUAUAACAUAUAUGUAUACAGUAUUUUAUAUACCUUUUGAAUUCAGAGUAAUACAAAUUAUUAACAUUUCUCAACAAUAUAUCUAAUAGCUACAUUUAAAUUUCCUUGGAUAUGAAAAUUAUUCAAUCACUGCACCUAUUUAUAAAAAACAUUUUAUUCAAAUUUCAAGAGCAGAGCUGCAAUAAAAUUUAAACAUCAGACUAAACUGUUAGAAUUUGAGCUGGAGAAAUGUUGCUGUACUCUUUACCAAAUUUCACAUUAUCAAAGUUACCAUUCCUCUAUCCUGCUAGGCCCAAUUUCAGACAGGUCAUUUGAGUAUCAGUUCCACUAUUACUGUCCAAAUUUUCAUUCUGAGGGUUGUGAAGUCGGCACACUGAACCAUGCACAUCAGACUUAACUCUUCCCAGAAAAAAUCAUAAUGACGUCACUUUGUUGUUCAAAUAACAGAUUCACCUUUGUAGUGACCAUCCAUCCUGCUCAAGACCAUGGGGCCAGAACCUGUCCCAGCAACAUUAGGAGCAAGGUAGCAAUCAACCCUGGAUGGAGGGUCAUGUGCACAACCAUCUUCAGAUCCGGACUAGCAGUAUACAUUAAAGAUAUGUCUAUAUUUACUGAGAUGUAUUGUCAUGGGAGGAUGUUGCACCAGCUACUAUACAGGCCAGAUUGAAUGUACAUCAAAUGUGCUGAAUUUCACCUUAACUGAGCUUAUUGCAUGUUCAUAAUACCCUUAAUAAAGUAAUAAAGUUUCCAAACUUAUUCCAGA